GCACUUCGAAUACCCCACAAUCUCCAAAGACAACCGGUGAUGAUGCGCAUCCCGGCUGUUGAUGGCUGGUUUGCGGGGAAGUCGCAGCCGGUGAGGAGACUAGAAGACGAUGCGCCCGAGUCAGGCAGCUCGUGCGGUGCUCAGGUGACUGAGUGUGAACAAGACACAGUCAGGCCAGGCUCGUUGAGUACAGACUUCUUGAACCUCAUGCCAACACUAGAUUGAAGUAAUAUGUUGUAUGAAAGUGACCUUGGCUGGAAACCGUUGCGGAUAUGACGUCGGGCAAAGAUGUGCCUGUUCUUGUCUCCAAAUCGGGUACAGUUGUCACAAGCAAGGUGCCCUUGAUCGUGGUGGUGCGUGCCAUGGAGAAUCUUCCAGAUGCGGUCAAUUUCUUUCACGUGUCCUCCAGGGUUGUGCAAUA